AUGAGUUCGGGUAUGGGAAGUUUAGGUUCAACAAGUGGUACACCAAUUGAAGAAGAUGAUCAUGCUCCUCUUUGGUGUUAUGUUACAAAACUAGAAAAAAUGGGAGAAGGAGGUGGUAAUACUAGGUUUAAAUGCAAUUACUGUCAAAAUGAGCAAAGGAAAAUUGAAGAAGCUGAGAAAAGGUUAAAGAUGGCUAUGCCUAAUAAAGUUCUUUUACCACCUUCCACUUGCCAAUCUACUUCAAUAGGUUCAGGGCCUUUAGAUACUGGAGGAUUUAGGAUGGAGGGGUAUGAGCCAAGAAAAAGAAAGACUACUGGAACUUCUGCUCUAGAAAAGGCAUUCAACCCAGUUAUUCGGGAACAACUGCAUUCUGAGAUUGCUCGCAUGUUUUAUUUAGCGGGGUUACCUUUUCAUUUAUCAAGGAACCCAUAUUAUGUUAGUGCAUUUCAAUUUGCUGCCAACAAUCCAAUUCCUGGUUAUGUACCACCCGGUUAUAACUUGCUGAGGACUACAUUGCUUCAGAAGGAAAGGGCUAAUGUAGAGAGGUUGUUGGAGCCAACUAGAGCAUCAUGGAAGGAAAAAGGGUUGAGUAUUGUUUCAGAUAGAUGGAUUGAUUCUCAAAGAAGGCCCCUUAUUAAUUUUAUGGGAGCAUCAGAAGCUAGGUUAGUGUUCUUGAAAGCUGUUAAUUGUGAAGGUGAGCAUAAAGACAAGUUUUUUAUUUCCAACUUAAUUAGUCAAGCAAUUGAAGAAGUUGGACAUCAGAAUGUCAUUCAAGUCAUUACAGAUAAUGCUCCCGUGUGUAGUGCAGCUGGUUUACUGAUUGAAAGGGGUAAUGCUUUUGCUUAUGAUGAAUGUCACUGGAUCACACUUUGUGUUGAUGAUGUGAUGUUUAUCAAAAACUUCAUCAUGAACCAUUCCAUGCGGCUAGCUAUUUUCAAUGAAUUCGUACCCUUGAAGUUGCUUGCUGUUGCAGACACACGUUUCGCAUCUGCCAUUGUCAUGCUCAAAAGGUUUAAACUUAUAAAGCGUGUCCUCCAAUCAAUGGUUAUUAGUGACCAGUGGGUUUCUUACAAAGAAGACAAUGUUGGGAAAGCAGCAUCUGUGCAGGAAAAAUUAUUGAAUGAUGUGUGGUGGGAUAAGAUUGAUUAUAUUUUGUCUUUUACAUUGCCUAUCUAUGAGAUGCUUAGGUUUUGUGACACUGACAAACCAUGCCUUUACUUAGUCUAUGAAAUGUGGGACACCAUGAUUGAAAAGGUGAAGGCAAGCAUCUUUAGGCAUGAAGGGAAGCUAGAUCAUGAGGAAUCAAUCGUUUAUUCCGUUGUGCACAAUAUACUAGUUGAGAGGUGGGCCAAAAGUAACACUCCUCUUCAUUGCCUUGCACAUUCUUUGAAUCCGAGGUAUUAUAGUUCAACGUGGCUCAAUGAAAAUCCCAAUUGUGUCCCUCCUCAUAGGGAUGAAGAAAUUUCAAGUAUGAGAAACAAGUGCUUCAAGAAAUACUUUUCAGAUUUAGAGGAGAGAAGGGUUGUAAAUGUGGAAUAUGCCAAGUUUUCAGGAGGUUUGGAUAUGUUUGGAGAUUUUGACUCAAAGAUUGAUAGAGGAGUAUUGGAUCCACUUAUUUGGUGGUUUACACGUGGGUCUCCUGCUCCUAUGCUUCAAUCUUUAGCAUUAAAAUUUCUUGGCCUGCCAUGUUCCUCAUCAUGCUGUGAAAGGAAUUGGAGCACCUACUCCUUUAUUCACUCCAUGAAAAGAACAAAAUGA